AUGUUAAGAAAUCCUGGUAAUGAGGUUUCUUACCAUUUUGUUUUACUUAAACGAAGCGAAAACACUCACCUGCACCAGUAUACAACAAAAGAACGCACUCAGUUGCUUCGAAAUUUCAACUCAAAUCUCACACGCAAGAAGAUGAAGGUUAUUUUCUUCAUUUCAACUUUACUAGUUGUAACAUACAGUUUACCACAAUGGAAAGGACCAGAAUUUGAAAAGGAUGGCGACGGAGGGAGAAUUUCAGGAUCGUAUAAUUUCGGUAAAUCUAGCUUAGGAGGCACACUUGGUUAUAAUUCAGAUGGCGGAUUUGGUGCAGGAGUUAAAGGCACCCACAAUUUUGGUGAAGGUGCAUCAUUAGGAGGAUCUUUUUAUGACUCACAGCACGGAGCUCCAGAAACAUCUGUGAAACUAACUCAUAAUUUCGGGAAACGUACAUCCCUCUCCAAGUCACACACAUUCUCAGGAUUUGAAUUUGACAGUAGCGUCGGAAUAUCUCACAAAACUAAAAAUGCCGAUUUUGGAGCGCGCGUUGGCCAUAACUCGCAAACGGGUACUUAUGCGGGUAUUGGCGCCUCAUGGAAAUUAGGGAGGAAGCGGAGGAGUAUAGGGCAUCAACAAAAGAAAGCCGCAUUGUUUCUGUUGUACUUUUUAAUAAAAUGCUGAAUAAAAUAUGAUAAAAACAAAACAAAAA